AUGGCCCCAUCUCAUCCAAACCCCCCUCCCACACCCAUCACUCCACCAAGCUACCCAUUUCAACUCUUAUGCGCUGAUUACUUCCAUUACCAAGGAGUCAAUUACCUCGUGGUCAUAGAUCGGUACUCCAACUGGCCCAUAAUAGAGCGUUGCAAAGACGGUGCAACUGGAUUAAUCCACUGCUUACGACGUAUCUUUGUCACAUUUGGAAUUCCAGAUGAGCUAGCAACCGACGGCGGACCUGAAUUUACUGCCACAUCAACACAAGAUUUCCUCACAUCCUGGGGAGUCCAUCAUCGCCUGUCAUCCGUCGCCUGCCCUCACUCAAACUGCCGCGCCGAGGUUGGUGUCAAAACAGUUAAGCGCUUAAUAACCAACAACACUGGCCCUAACGGUACCCUUGACACCGACACCUUACAAAUUGCUAUCCUCCAGUACCGAAAUACACCCGAUUCCACCACAAAACUGUCACCAGCAGAAUGCAUCUUCGGAAGACCGAUCAAAGAUUUCAUCCCUAUUGCCCCUGGGCGUUACCAACCCCACCCUACCUGGAAAGAUACCCUUAUGACCCGCGAACAAGCACUUCGCAACCGUCAUAUGCGAACCACUGAAUGGCUGUCCGAGCACACACGCCGACUCCCACCACUGAAAGUUGGGGACCAAGUCCGAAUACAGAACCAAAUUGGCCCCCACCCAAAAAAAUGGGAUAAAACAGGCUUAGUGAUUGAAGUCCGUCAAUUCGACCAGUAUGCAAUCCGUGUGGACGGGUCGGGCCGUGUGACACUCCGCAAUCGUAAAUUCCUACGCAAAUUCAUUCCAGUUCAACAGCGACAACCCCGACAUACUAUCACUGAGGAUUUACGGUAUCUACCAACCCCACAGACCAAAGCUCCUCAACCAACAUUGCACACCCCACCAACAGAGCCACCAAACAUCCCUAGCCCUACACCUCCCACACCCCAGUCCACAUCAAUGCCAUCUACACCAAACCACAUCACACUGGAGCAAACCCCUAGAAAACCUGAAAACCCUAGCACACCCAAGAAGCUACCUCUAGCUUUACGACGUUUACAGGAUUACAACAAAAAAGGACUCCAGGAAGAGUGA